AUGCACUCCGAAGACAACGGGGUAUUUCUCAAGGCAUAUUUCUGGAGCCUCCGAUCUCAGGGGCUGAGCGCUGCCGUCUGGACUGUCACGAGAACUUCUCCGGAACCCGGCUUGGGAAUAGAAGCUAGAUUCGACCUAAAGAACGACAAAUGCUGUUGUGCAGACAUGUUCUUCAAUUUAUUCUUAGAUCUGAAAAAUCGAGGUCUGUUGGGUACACCCACAGAACAGGAAGAGGCCAUCUCUAGGUUGUUGUGGCGAUACUCCCUAUCUUGGGCGGAUGCUGUCCACCGAACCACCAUUCGGAACAUCGACGUAGAGUUGGGUUGCUCCUCGGAUGGGUGCAGUUUGGGAGAGGUGGUUAUGAGUCAAAUUCGUGACUUAGUGGAAACUAAACGGCAAGAUGGGGGUGUAGCUUUUGCCGGGAUGAGCGUGUCGAAUAUCAUAGAACGGAUGGGACUCGUUAUUGUGCUUACCGAGGUGCCGUUCAGCUCUGAAGAGAUCUGCACGAAUCAAAGGUGGGUUUAUGUCGCGAAGGUACGAUUGAAAAGCCACCUACCUCAUCAUACCGCACUCGGGCCCUUCCUCAACGAUGAUCCUUAUUGUCGUCUGAUCGUGUCCGCGUCUACCGCGAACUCAUCGCUGAGGUUCACGGGUGAUAGGCGCGCAGAAACCGAGUCGUCUAUGGAAAUCUAA